AUGGCCGGAAGCCCCGUGGUGGUGGCGAGCCCUGAGUCAAUGGAGAGGUCUACUCCCAUUGAAACUCGUGCAAUGAUGCAGAGCUCUGCAUCACCGGAGAGCUCGAUCCUGGUCGAGAACUCCAAACCGACAGAUAGGGCUGCAUUACCGGCGAAUUCUCUGUCGCUAGAGAUCCCGUCGCCAGUGGAUAGACCUUUAUCAAUUGAGAGUUCUGUUUCGAGUGAGAGCCCUAUAUCGACGAGGGUUCAGGUAUCGACAGAUGUUCAAACAACGCCGGACAUUCCACCAUCGGCUGAAAACCUGCCUUCUGUAGCCAUCUCGGUACCAGUUGUAGAGCCGUCGAUCACAGACAGUCCAGUGGUAGAGACUCCAUCGACACCUCAAACUUUGGAGCAAGGUCCGGUAUCCGACUCUCAAGCAAUGCUCGCUUCGAUGCAUGCCUCUUCCCAGGAAUCAAGUGCUCUCAUGCUAGGCGCAGCGGAAGAGCAAGUUGAUAUGUCACUUCUUACGGCAAUCGUCACCGUCGAACAAUCGCAAGCAAAGACUAUUCAGUAUGCAUCGCGGGAGGACAAUUGA